AUGUGUGUCAUCUGCUUCGUGAAGGCGCUGGUGCACGUGUUCAAGAUCUAUCUGACCGCCAACUACACCUACAACUUUCGCAGCUGGCCAGUGGACUUUCGCUGGGAUGACGUGCAGGGCGCAGGCAGUGGUCACCGCGCACUGACGUGCGCGGCAGCUGCAGCGGGCGUGUGGCUACUGCGUGACGCGGCCCUGGGCGGGGAUGCGCAGGGGCGCCCGCCGCAUGGGGCUCGAAGCCAGACACAGUGCCUCCUACAGCAGAUCCGGGAGCUGCCGGGGCAGCUCGCCAGCUACGCGCUGGCUCACUCACUAGGCCGCUGGCUCGUGUACCCAGGCUCCAUGUUCCUGAUGACACGCGCGCUGCUGCCACUACUUCAGCAGGGCCAAGAGCGUCUCGUGGAGCGCUACCACGGCCGGCGUGCCAAGCUGGUGGCCUGUGACGGCAAUGAGAUAGACACCAUGUUCAUGGAUCGCCGCCGGCACCCUGGCAGCCAGGGCCAGGGCCUGCGACUGGUCAUCUGCUGUGAAGGCAACGCAGGCUUUUAUGAGAUGGGCUGCCUGUCAGCACCGCUUGAGGCCGGUUACUCCGUGCUGGGGUGGAACCACCCUGGCUUUGGGGGCAGCACAGGCGCGCCCUUCCCCCAGCACGAUGCCAACGCCAUGGAUGUAGUGGUGAAGUACGCACUGUACCGCCUGCACUUCCCGCCCUCACACGUGGUGGUCUAUGGCUGGUCUAUUGGUGGCUUCACAGCUACCUGGGCCACCAUGACUUACCCGGAGCUGGGUGCACUGGUGUUGGAUGCCACCUUUGAUGACCUUGUGCCACUUGCACUGAAAGUCAUGCCCCACAGCUGGAAGGGGCUGGUGGUGCGCACAGUACGGGAGCACUUCAACCUCAAUGUUGCAGAGCAGUUGUGCUGCUACCCUGGUCCAGUGCUGCUGCUCCGUCGCACGCAGGAUGAAGUGGUCAGCACCUCAAGCCAGCUGCCCACCCUACCACCCAGCGACGUGGAGGGCAACCGUGGUAAUGAGCUGCUGUUGCGCCUGCUGCAGCACCGCUACCCAGCUGUGAUGGCACGCGAGGGCCGGACUGUCGUGACCCGCUGGCUGCGAGCCAGCAGCCUAGCACAGGAGGCAGCCUUCUAUGCUCGCUACCGAGUAGAUGAUGAGUGGUGCCUGGCAACACUGCGCUCUUACCGUGAGUGCUGCCAGGAGGAGCUGGAGGACCAGGACUGGGGGCCACAUGGGCUCCCCUUCCCCUGGCUUGUGGGCCAGGGUCUCAGCCCACGGCGACGACGGCAGCUUGCACUAUUUCUGGCACGCAAGCACCUCAAGAAUGUGGAGGCGACUCACUGCAGCCCACUGGAGCCCGAGGACUUCCAGUUGCCCUGGGAACUGUAG